CGGUGCUGUGAGAUCCUCUGGUUCGCGAACCACCAACAGUCUUGUCGACUUCUCCUGCAUCUUCUUCUACUGCGCUAGGGUUUACAUUCUGCAAUUAGGAGACACAUAAAGAUGAAUUCCGCUUGGAGUUGUGUCUUGCUUUUGUCCUCCACACUCUUCUACGGCGUUGUUUUCGCCGAUCAGAUCUUCUCUGCUCAUACAGGAGGUACUCUUGGUCGAAGCUCUAAAGAACCUAAAUACAAAAUUGAAUUUCAUCCAGAAGACUCACCUUUUCUCCCUGAUGAUGAUCAGGAAGCUGUUGUUAUGCCAAAUAAAAAAGGAGAGAAGUUUCUGUGUUUUCUACCCAAAGUGCAUAAUUCAAAAAGCAGUAAACUAUUCAGUCAUCAGAAUACAAGCAACUUGAUCUUGGAGACUGAGAAACACAUUAAACUAAAGACACCUGAUGAGCUACUAGAAGUGCUCAAGGAUAUAUGUCUUAUCAGGCAAGAGGGAUGGUGGUCAUAUGAAUUUUGUUACCAGAAGAAGUUGCGACAAAUUCAUUUGGAGGAUGAGAAGGUGGUUCAAGAAUUUGUCUUGGGUUACUAUGACAGUGAGGCUACAGCUGCUUCUAAUGAGAACCGGUCUGAUAUUUCUACAUUAAAAGAUCCUCGCUCAAAAGAUGCCUCACAAAGAUAUCACGCUCAUCAUUAUAUAAAUGGAACUACCUGUGAUUUAACAAACCAGCCACGAGAAACAGAGGUGCGAUUUGUCUGCUCAGAGCCAAGAGCUAUGAUAAGUUCCAUCACUGAGUUGUCCACCUGCAAGUAUGCUCUCACGGUUCAAUGCCCAACACUCUGCAAGCAUCCACUCUUUCAGGAAGAAAGGCCAGUGUGGCAUACCAUUAACUGCAACGUGCUUCCUAAAGAUUACAAAGAAAUGAAGGUGCAGCAAGAAAAUUUUGGAGGAGAAAAAAUUAGGAUGGUAACAGAGCUCGAGUAUCCCCCUACUUUUGAUUCGGAGGAAUAUGCAACAUGAAAAGUUUUUAGCAUGCUCUGCUCUGGAAAGAAUCUUUCACUAAUCAAUGCCAAUCUUUUUAGUUCAAAUUUGCUCUAAAUUUUGUUAUUUUCUCCAUCCAUAACCUUUUCCUCUUCCCUUACAUGUAUAGAGUGUAGGGAACAGUAUGAAAGACAACCAAAUUCACUAAUCUAUUCUACUUGUCAAUUUAUGGUUGUGAAGAUCGUCCUCAUAUUAUGGUGCAUA